AUGAACGCCAGGCAACGCAAAUCAGUUGGAUAUUGGCUGUUUUUAUGCGCAGGUAUGUGCUAUGGUGCUGUUGCAAUCGGAGGAUUGACGAGAUUGACUGAAUCUGGCUUGAGCAUGGUCAAUUGGGAUCUCUUCCGAUCCAUGAGACCUCCUUUGACUCGAAAAGAAUGGGAAGAGGAAUUUGAACGCUACAAGCAGUACCCAGAGUAUAAAUAUAAGUGCUCUUCGGAGGACAUGACAAUGUCACAGUUCAAAUUCAUCUGGCAUAUGGAGUAUGGACAUCGAAUGUGGGGUCGCAUCACUGGUGUGGUAAGUUUCCCCAUUUUCCACUAG